AAAGUCUUGUGUUCUCUAUGUAAGGCUACUUUCCUUUAGUUUCUUGCCUCAUCAUAAUCAUUUUCAUAUCUAAAGUCAAUGCAGAUGCAACUGCUCUAGUUUGUGGUAACACUGUAGUUAACUCUAGAGCAAAUAGCAACUAUGCCAAAAACCUUAACACCCUUUUGUCCACUCUCACUUCCAACACAAAAAUCAACUACGGUUUCUACAAUUCCUCAUAUGGCCAAAACACAGACAGAGUAAACGCCAUUGGACUCUGCAACACAGCAAGGAGGCAACUGGUUGCAUUACUCGGAUAGUGCCAUUUUCGGCCACAAGGAAUUGCUACCUAUGUACUAUAGUGUUGAAAAUAACACAACUGAGGUUGAUAAGUUCAAUAAAAUUCUCAACAACUUGCUAGAAAAUCUUAAAAGCAAAGCUGCAUCUGGUGACUCUCGUCGAAAAUAUGGUGUGGGAAGUGCCUCGGUAGGUCCAAGGAACAUAACCAUAUAUGGUGUUGUUCAGUGUACUCCUGAUUUGUCUGAGAAAGAAGAUUGGUGCUGGAGUCGUUAGAGCAAGUAUUGCUUGGUUGAGUCAAUUCAAUUGCUACCAACUUGUUGAAAUGAUAAGAUUGGUGCUGGAGUCGUUAGAGCAAGUUGCUUUCUUAGAUAUAACACCUCAAUCUUCUAUGACCCUUCAACACCAGCACUUUCACCUUUACCUCAAGGUACAAUCGCCAUCUCUAUCUCUGAAUCCAUCAUCAGCACCUUCACCACAAGGGACGAAUAAUGCAUCAAGUACUGCAGUUCAUUUAUUGUUGUUAUUGUUGUUGGGUUCAUUUUUAGCUGUAUCUAUAUAAAGAGGCCAGCACAAUUUUUUAAAGCAAUUCUUUCUAAUAAGGACGAGUUUAGCUGGUCCACAUUGUUGUAAUAAUAAGAGAUAUAUAAGUGUUAGAUUUGUUACUUGAUUUCUGCUAUUAAACAAAC